CACCUCCCCUCCACUCUCCUCCCUCCUCACUUCUUCUUCUCUCUCACCUUUCUCCUUUCUCCGGCAUAGCCGCCAAAAUUCCUGCCAUUUCCAGCCCCUAUCUCCGCCGCCACUGCAACCACCUCUCCUUUUGCCGGAUUUCAAAUCUAAAUUCACUUUCAUACGACAAAGUAAAAGCGAAGGGGGAGAUUCGAGGAGGAGGAGGAGGAAGAAGAAGGAUGAAAGAGAAAAAGUGGUUUGUUUGUUGAUUUAUGACGCUACUACAAUAGAACCAAACUCCACACGAGUCCCCAAGCAAAUAAGUCCAACGCAAGCACCCUUCUCUUUCUCUGUGUUUCUCUGAAUCGUAUGAGCUUGUAGAAGAACUACUCGAGCGCUGCCCACUCUGAGCUCACUCAUAGUUUAACUUAUUUGCAGUUUCGAAUUUUCUGGUUUUUCUUUUUUUCUUUUUGUUCGAUGAGAGCCGGAGAUUGUUACUGCCGGUCUGGGAAUUGAGACUUCCGGAAUGACCGACAACGACUCUGAAGCGAAAACCUUCCGAGCUAUGGUGGAGAAUGCCAACCGGAAGUUCGCUAGGGUCCAAGACGUCCCGGCCUAUGGGCGUGUGGACAACCAUCACUAUUUUCAUAAGGUUUUCAAGGCUUAUAUGCGUCUUUGGAAGUAUCAGCAGGAAUUUCGCGCCAAGCUUGUUGAAUCUGGUCUCAACCGCUGGGAAAUUGGCGAGAUCGCUAGCCGGAUCGGUCAGCUUUACUUUGGGCAUUAUAUGAGAACUAGUGAGGCUAGGUUCUUGAUUGAAGCCUAUGUGUUCUACGAAGCGAUUCUCAAUCGAAGCUAUUUUGAGGGAUCGAAGAAUUCGAGGAAGGAUCUGGGAGCGAGGUUCAAGGAACUGAGGUUUUACGCGAGGUUUUUGCUGGUUUCAUUGUUAUUGAAUCGUACGGAUACUGUUCAGGUUCUUGCCGAACGAUUGAAGGCUCUGGUCGACGAUAGCAAGGCCACUUUUCGGGCUACUGACUUUAAGGAGUGGAGGCUAGUUGUACAAGAAAUUUUCUGCUUCAUGAAUGUAGCAACAGCCUCGACGAAUGUCAGACCUUUACGGUACUCUACUGCAUUUGAUUCUCAUCCACCAUCCCUUCCAUUUGUUGGACGUUUCCAUGCAAAGAGGGUUCUUAAAUUCCGAGAUGCUGUUUUGACUAGUUACCACAGAAAUGAGGUUAAAUUUGCGGAAAUUACUUUGGACACGUAUAGAAUGCUGCAAUGUUUAGAAUGGGAGCCUGGUUUCUUCUACCAAAAGCAUCCAGUUGAACCAAAUGAAAAUGGAGCUGGCAUUGAUCAUUCUGGGGCAUCUGGAAUAAUUGAUAUCAACCUAGCCACCGAUGUUACCGAUCCAUCUUUACCUCCAAAUCCAAAGAAAGCCAUCCUCUAUCGACCUUCUGUGACUCAUUUGAUAGCUGUCAUGGCGACAGUUUGUGAGGAGCUCCUUCCAGAUAGUAUCAUGCUGAUUUAUCUAUCUGCAGCAGGGAAGUGCUGUCAAAACAGUGUCAAUCAAAUGAGUUUUGGGGAAUCAAGAAAAUCCUUGAAAAAUAAAGUCACAGCCCAGAAUUCACGAGAAAAUUGUAAUGCUUUUGCGGAAUCUUGUAAGCUUGAGAAGCCAGGAUCAAGUGACCUUUAUGAUGAGUAUUUGUGGUUUGGGCAUAGGGGUAAUGGAGGUCCAAACGUUUUAUACCCUGGUGAUAUAAUACCUUUUACACGUAGACCUGUUUUCUUGAUAGUUGACAGUAACAACAGCCAUGCAUUCAAGGUACUACAUGGGGCAGAGAGAGGAGAAACUGCCGCCAUACUUCUUUCACCAUUGAGGCCUGCAUUCAAGAAUCCCUUAAAUGUUGAUACUAUUCAAUCAGGAAGUCAGUUUACUUUUUUCUUGACUGCACCUCUACCGGCAUUUUGCGAAAUGGUUGGCCUGUCCUCGGCCAAUUUGGAUAUAGAUGUUUACAACGAUGCCGAUACCAUCCUGUCCUCUGCAUUUUCCGAUUGGGAAAUAAUUCUUUGUACAUCAACUAGCUUAAAUAUCGUUUGGGCCCAAGUUUUGUCUGAUCAUUUUUUACGCCGUCUCAUUCUCAGAUUUAUAUUCUGCCGAGCCGUGCUAUCGUUCUUCAACAUUAAAGAAGACGACGACCUUCCUUUUUGCCUGCCUUGUCUUCCCGACUCCGUCUCUUCAAAUUCUGGAGUUGUCAGCUCAGCAAUUCGCCGUCUCGCAAAGCACCUUAACGUCGCUGACUUAUUUAACUUCCACGAAGUGUAAUCACGGUCUUAGAUAUUGUGAAUGCCGCUCACCCAUCUGGAUUCGUGUUCAAAGUCUGCCUUCUCAAGGUCAGUCCACAAUCAAACAUAACACCAUACCAUUGGUCUCUCGAGAGUCGAAGUAUAAUCACAAUUUCACAAGUUGGUGUUGGUUUUGACCCUAAACUUAUGAAUCACUGGUAGUGUGAUACGGUGGUCGGCAUCUAUUGGUUUCUUAAGUUUGAAGGUGGGUUUAGUGUUUAGUUUAGCUGAGAGUGUGAUAAUUUAUUGUAGGUUUCUUAUUAAGCUUUUAAGAUUCUUUUUUUUUUCCUUUCUUUUUGCUUAUUACUGUAAAAAGAAAAAAAAAAAGGGAAGGGAAAAGAUUUGGAAUUGAAAUUUAUAUGAAAAGAAACGAAACUCAUCUCCCUCUCCCAAACCCGGCAAAAUCAACAUCUUUUCAAUUUAUCUGGAAAUGGUGGCACAUCGGGAUUGUAAAAUCGGUUUCUUUGUAGAACUCUCUCUUUAUACUAAAGUGACAAAUCUUGAGGAGCUUUACUUUGUAA